AUGGCUAAUAUCCAGCGGAUUGUCAUUUCGCUGUUGGUCAUUUUGACCGCUACCUUCCUGUUCAUGGGACAGACAGCACAGGCGGCAAAGGGUCCAAAGAUCACGCACAAGGUCUACUUCGACAUCGAGCACGAUGGCCAACCGCUGGGUCGGAUUGUUAUGGGUCUCUACGGCAAGACCGUUCCCAAGACCGCAGAGAACUUCCGAGCACUAGCCACCGGCGAAAAGGGUUUCGGUUAUGAAGGAUCAGCCUUCCACCGUGUUAUCAAACAAUUCAUGAUCCAGGGCGGUGAUUUCACAAGAGGAGACGGUACUGGCGGCAAGUCAAUUUAUGGUGACAAGUUUGAAGACGAGAACUUCAAGUUGAAGCACACCAAGAAGGGCCUGUUGAGCAUGGCCAAUGCGGGCAAGAACACAAACGGGUCACAGUUCUUCAUUACUACCGUUGUCACAAGUUGGCUUGAUGGGCGUCAUGUCGUAUUUGGGGAAGUGCUCGAGGGCUACGAUGUUGUCGAGCAAAUUGAAAAUGUACCCAAGGGCUCGGGUGACCGUCCAGCCAAGCCAGUCAAGAUCGUUAAGAGCGGAGAGCUGCCUGUGCCGCCCGAAGAACAACCCAUCUACUCGAACGUGCAUCCUGAGUAUAUGAAUGACGAUGAUGGAGAGGAUGAACUUGGGACAAACCCACCACCGGUGGAGGAUGAAAUUGAAGCACUGCCCAAAGAAUUGCCUGCGAGUGAGGAAUUGUUUAGUCCUGUGGAGGGGCUAGUGACUCAAGCAUACAUGCAGAAAGCAGUGCUCUUUCUUCUCAUCAUGGUGGUUGUUGUGGUCAUAGUCAAGCGACGCAGAUUCCCAGCCCACAAGUCGGAUGAUAAAAGCAUGGCGUAA